GGGAGCAUUCCCGGUAUUUUAUGGAAAACCCCCUGGCCCGGCUGGAAACUGCGCCGAGCAGGGAAAACAGAGCCGGAUUCCUUCAGCCAGCGGGAAGUUGACGCACCAGCCUAAGAAUAGCUCGGGCAGGGGCAGCGUGGAAAGUGUUGUCGGAGCUGCUGAUGAAAUCGCAGCCGGGAGCGGAGGAGUCUUUGGACCUUCCCAUGCUCGGGACCUUUGACUCAUAAAAAGCUCCUUCAAAAAGCGUCGGGAGCAGAAGAGGGAGAGGAAGAGGAGCCGGAGAAGGGAAGGAGGAGGUGUUGGAAGGAGCAGAGCCCGUCCCGGAGCGUGGGCAGCCGCGGGGGGACAGAGGAGGUCGCUGCAUGUGGAGUUUUCGGACAAAAUGCUCUCUCUGAAGAAAUACUUCACGGAAGGCCUGAUCCAGUUCACCAUCCUGCUCAGCCUCCUCGGCGUGCGCCUGGACGUGGACACCUACCUGAAUUCCCAACUCCCUCCCCUGCGGGAGAUCAUCCUGGGCCAGAGCUCUGCCUACACCCAGACCCAGUUCCACAACCUGCGCAACACCUUGGACGGAUAUGGCAUCCACCCCAAAAGCGUCCAGCUGGACUCUUACUUCAGCGCCCGCCGCCUGCUCAGCCAGGUGAGGGCUCUGGACAGGCUGCAGGUGCCCAGCACCGAGGUCAGUGCCUGGUUGGUGCACAGAGAUCCCGAAGGAUCCGUGUCUGGAGGGCAGCCCGGAGCCGGGAGCGGGCUGCAGGAUGCCGGAGCAGGUGAUGGAGGAGUGAGGGAGAGCGGAGCUGAGCAGGGUUUUGGGGAAGAGCUGGAGGAUUUAGGAGCUGUGGCUGCGCCUGUCAAUGGAGAUCUCACCAAAGAGGUGCCCGGUGCGGAGGAUCAGACAGCGCUGUCCCUGGAGGAGUGCCUUAGGCUGCUGGAGGCCACCUUCCCUUUCGGGGACAAUUCCGAGUUCCCAGCUGCGGAUGUCUCCGCCCUGAGCGAGGCCGUGCCGGGGCAGAGCCGGGCUCCGGGCGGCCCCCCCAGCCUGCUGUCCCCUCUCCUGGCCGAGACCGAGUCCCCCUUCGACCUGGAGCAGCAGUGGCAGGACCUGAUGUCCAUCAUGGAGAUGCAGGCCAUGGAGGUGAACGGCACCGGCGCCGAGAGCCUCUACGGCGGCACCGGCGGCGACCUGCUGGCGUCCAACUACAGCCUGGCCCCCGGCACGCCCAUCAACCAGAACGUCAGCCUGCAUCAGGCCUCGCUGGGGGGCUGCUCCCAGGACUUCUCCCUCUUCAGCUCGGACAUGGAGAGCCCCUCCAUGGCGGGCGGCUCGGCCCUGCUGCAGCUGGCGCCCGACAACUCCACCGGCCUCAACAGCACCUUCGGCUCCACCAACCUGAGCGGGAUCUUCUUCCCGCCCCAGAUGAACGGCACGGGCAACGAGACGGCCGGGCCCGAGCUGCCCGACCCCCUGGGAGGGCUCCUGGACGAGGCCAUGCUGGAUGAGAUCAGCCUGAUGGACUUGGCCAUCGAGGAGGGCUUCAACCCCGUGCAGGCCUCGCAGCUGGAAGAGGAGUUCGAUUCCGACUCAGGUCUUUCCCUGGAUUCCGGCCACAGCCCCGCGUCCCUGAGCAGCUCCGAAGCCUCGUCCUCAUCGUCCUCGUCCUCUUCGUCCUCUUCCUCCUCCUCGUUUUCCGAGGAAGGCGCCGUGGGCUACAGCUCGGACUCGGAGAACGUGGACUUUGAGGAAGCGGAAGGGGCGGUUGGCUACCAGCCAGAGUACAGCAAGUUCUGCCGCAUGAGCUACCAGGACCCGGCGCAGCUCCAUUACCUGCCUUACCUGGAGCACGUCGGCCACAACCACACCUACAACAUGGCCCCGGCCGCCCUGGACCCCGAGGAGCCCAAAGCGCCCGGCGCCGGCAAGAAGAGCGGCAAGGAGAAACCCUCGGAGCUGCUGGACAAGCAGCUGAGCCGCGACGAGCACCGCGCCAGGGCCAUGAAGAUCCCCUUCACCAACGACAAGAUCAUCAACCUGCCCGUGGAGGAGUUCAACGAGCUCCUCUCCAAGUACCAGCUGAGCGAGGCGCAGCUCAGCCUCAUCCGCGACAUCCGCCGGCGCGGCAAGAACAAGAUGGCAGCGCAGAACUGCCGCAAGAGGAAGCUGGACACCAUCCUCAACCUGGAGCGCGACGUGGAGGAGCUGCAACGCGACAAAUCCAAACUGCUCAGGGAGAAGGUGGAAUUCCUGAAAUCCAUCCGGCAGAUGAAGCAGAAGGUGCAGAGCCUGUACCAGGAGGUGUUCGGGCGGCUGCGGGACGAGCAGGGCCGGCCCUACUCGCCGAGCCGCUACGCGCUGCAGUACGGCAGCGACGGCAGCGUGCUGCUGAUCCCCCGCGCGCCCGCGCCCGCCGAGCCGCAGCCGCGGCGCCAGGAGCGCAAGCAGAAGGACAGGAGGAAGUGAAGGCGGCGGCGGAAGGGAGAGCUGGGAUGAGGGCCGAGCCUGGAAGCGCUUGCGGAGGGAACUUUGAUGCCUUCUUAUCCGAUUCUGUCUUCUCGAAGCGGCGCCGCCGCCGCCGGGGACUCUGCGGGAGCGGCCGUCCCGAAAAUAAAAAUAAAGGGGGGGAUGGAGCCUUCGCCCCCCUCCGAGCCCAGCUGCCACUGCCCAGCCCCGAGGUGCUGGGAGAGCAGGGACGAGCUGGCAUCGCUGCUGGGGAGGUUGGCACGAGGUGGAUAAAACAAAAAGAAAAAAAAAAAAAAAACAAAAAAAACCCCACAAAAAAAAAAUCCCGAGAAAACAACAACAACAAAAAAAGAGAUUUAAGCGAAGGGACUUCGAGUUAUAGGAGAGACGUUUUUCUGAACUUCCAAAGUUCUGUGAUUUCAGGUAGUUGGUUUUUAUUUUAUUUUUUUCCUUUUUUUUUUUUCCUGGUUCUUUUUUGGUUUUGUUUUUAUUUUUUUUUUUCCCCUUUUUAUUAUUUUUUAUUUUUUGUUUUAUUUUUUUUUUUUCCUUUUAUCCCGACCCCGUUUUUGGCGCCGUCGAGAGAUUCCGGAUUUCUCCUUCCUCGAGCACCCGAGAUCACAGCAGGGCACACGUGGAGAGACACAAAAAAAAAGUGGAAAGACACAAAAAAAAAUGGAAAGACACAAAAAAAAAGUGAAGAGACACAAAAAAAAAGCAACUUUCAUUAACCCCUUCCCGCCCGAGGAAACUCAAACCUCGGAUGGGGAGGAAAAAAAGGCGACAAAACCAUCCCGGAAAGGAAAAUUUAAAAAAUUUUAAAAAAAUUAAAAAAGAAAGGACAACGAGCAGGGAAAUCCACGGAGCUUUGGGAAAAGCGGGAUUCUCAAGGAUCCCCCGGGAAAAGCUCAAUUUCCUGGGAAUUCGGGGAGGAAUUUGGGGUCGGGAAGGGCGGCGACCUCGCGGUGUCACCUCGAGCGUCCCCAUCCCAUCAUUUCAUGGCGGGGGGGGAAAAUCGAUUUCAACCUCGAUUUUAUUUUAUUUUUGCCCUUCACUGCCUUUUAGGGUCUAGAAGUGCUUGUGUUAAGUAAAAAAAAAAA